AUGCCCCACUAUCAACAGGGGUUGGCGAAGAGCGCGGGACACGAAUGGUUCUAUCUCGGAGUUGGUGGAGCCGUCGGUCUCGCGGUUCUUGUAGCCGUUGCCGCCCUUCUCGCCGUUCGUAAACGUCGUCAAUACCCAUCACUUCUUCUCCCACCCAAGCAGGUGAUUGCCGUCCGCGGAGGAUUUCCCAAGGGUCCUGGAGGCCUUAAACAAUCGCCGUCUCCCCUCCAAUCGCCACUUUCAAAUGACUCUACUCCAUCACCAGUCGUCCCAUUACAAACUCUUCUCGAGGAUCGAACCCGCAAACUCUCUCCAUCCGAACUUCCAUCGGAACGUGGAAAUAUCGCCUUCACAUUGAGCUAUGAUCCCCAUACUCUGACACUUCUCGUCAGUAUCAUCAACUGUCGGAAUCUGUGCGAAAUGGUGGUUUCGCGUGAUGGACAAUGUCUUCUCGACCCGUAUGUCAAGCUUCAACUCCUUCCGGAACGAGAGCAUCGUGUCAAGACCCGAAUCGUUCGUUCCACCACUAACCCGGUCUACGAGGAGCAGUUCGCAAUGUAUGGUGUCACUCAUGAGCAAGUCAACUUUGCCACGUUGCACUUCCAGGUCGUUGCCUUCGACCGUUACUCCCGUGAUACUGUCGUUGGAGAAUGCGUUUAUCGAUUGGCUGAUGCGGAACUUCAAGUGCACAGUGAGAUGAGAGUCGAACUCCCACUCCUGCCACGUGCCACGGAUACUGUAGCCGCUCGCGGUGAGCUCCUUCUCUCUUUGACCUAUCAAGCCGCGUUCAACAACUUGACGGUUGUUGUGCUCAAAGCUCGUGGACUUGGCGGACGAAAUGAUGCCGGAACUGCAGACCCAUUCGUGAAACUCUACUUGCGAAAGGAAAGUGGCGAACGCAUUGUCAAAAAGCGAACCCAUGUCAGACGAUCAACAUUGAAUCCGGUUUACAACGAGUCUUUUGUCUUCGAGCUACCAGAUGAUCGAUUGGAACAUUCUGUCAUUGACCUUCAGGUAAUCAACCAUGAUCGUGUCAACCGAAACGACGUUAUCGGCCGUGCUCUAUUGAACAUGGAGGAUGCUCACGUCGUCGAGGUUCUCGAAAAUCCAGGAAGACAAGUCGCUCAAUGGCAUCAUCUCGAUUAA